UAUACAAUAGAGUUUUCUCAUAGAGUCAAUUUUCUGGGUUUAAUCAGACGCUUCUCCUUGCAUCGUCUUCUUCUUCCUCAAUGUUGUAAAACCCUAGCACCAAAACCCGAUUCAGAUUUAAAGGUUCGGGUCAAGUUCUUCCGGCGAGAACACGCGGAGUUAAGGAAUGGGUCGACCGGAACCCUAUGUUCUCUAUUCCCACACUUUCCACCACCCUCAACUCGAUGAGUUUGUAGACGAGGUGUUAUUUGCAGACCCGGUUGUUGUCACUUCUUGCGAGAUUGUUGAACAGAAUGCCCCUUCCGCGUGUCUUUCGCUGAAGCUUGUGGGGGCCACUUCACCACCCUCAUUUGCUUUGGAAGUUUUUGUCCAUUGCGAGGGAGAGACAAGGUUUAGGCGUCUAAGUCAGCCUUUCCUGUAUUCCCAUUCUUCAUCAAAUGUGCUUGAAGUUGAGGCAAUUGUUACCAAUCAUUUGGUUGUACGAGGCAGCUAUCGAAGCCUUACCUUGGUUGUGUAUGGAAACACCAUCGAAGAUCUUGGCCAAUUCAAUAUAGAUGUUGAUUUAGAUGGCUCUUUGGCUAAUACUGUUAGUGUUGUUGAGGGAGACCUUGAAGACCUCCCACCUGCAUUGCGUCCAAAUAAUCUGUCUACUGAGCAAACAUUGUCUUCUUUGAAAUCAUUAUCUUUGAAAAGUAUUCCUCAGGCCAUUUCUCUCGAGCUCAGGCAGUUAUUGCAACUUAUUCUUAGAAUGUUGGAAUCACCAAAAUUUGGACUCAUGAAAAAUAAGGUUCUUACUUCCUUAUUAUCAGUGGCCUCAAUCUAUGCAACUCCUUGCUUUCCUUCUAUAACUACAAUGCACGAGCAACUUGGGCUGGAUAAGUUGGUUUAUAAUCAAGAAAUUCAACUUGCAAUUGCUGAAGCCAAAAAUGAGCUUUUGGAGAUGCAUAAUAGCUUUAUUUUUCAACCUGGCGACCAUUCUACUGAAUUUGUAACAGAUGCUAUGUUAAUAGAAUCUGAGAUUGAGACUGCUGCUCCAAAGCAACUGCUGGACUCCUUAAGCCACUACUUCAAAUUUGGUAGUAGUCCUGAUGCUGCUGCUCAUCGUGAGGUUUCAAAGAGUGAGAACAUGGUUCUCUGUUUGACUCUGGCUCUUUUAGUGUCAUCUGCAAGAGAAAGCUGCUAUCAUUUUGUCAACUGUGGUGGCAUGGAGCAGCUUGGUUAUGCUUUUUCUAGUAGCUUGCGGAACUCUAAUGCUCUCAAAUUGCUGCACCUUGGAGUUAUUGAACAGGCAACUCGUCAUUCAGUUGGUUGCGAAGGUUUCCUUGGAUGGUGGCCUCGUGAGGAUGAAAAUAUACCUUCUGGUACUAGUGAGAGAUAUAAUCAAUUGUUGAAGUUAUUAUUGCACAAUCAGCGGCAUGAUGUAGCCUCUCUUGCCACUUAUAUACUUCAUCGUUUGCGGUUUUAUGAAGUCUCUUCCAGAUAUGAGUGUUCCAUAUUGUCUGUCCUGGGAGGUCUUUCUGGCUCUGGUCAGGCUACAAGUGCAACAGUGGAUAUCCUUGCCAAUGCUAAACUUCAACUCAAGAACCUUUUGAAAUUAAUAAAUUCCUCUGGCCCAAUUGAAGAUCCUUCUCCGGUAGCGUGUGCAAGUAGAUCUUUGGUUCUUGGUGAUGGUGGACAAUUAUCAUGUAAUUCUACCAGUAACUUGAUUACUCGAUCAAGUUGUUGCUUUUCUAGCAAUGACAUGGAUCAACAUUUGCUUUCCCUUCUGAAGGAGAGGGGUUUUCUCCCUUUGUCUGCAGCUCUAUUGUCAUCUUGUGCUUUAUGGUCUGACACAGCUUGCACGGUGGACUUGUUUGUGGAUAUUGUAUUGUACUUUGAGGCCAUUGUUCUUUCUCUUCUUUCUACUCGCUCAGGGUUGAUAUUUCUUGGUCGCGACCCUGAAGUUGCCACUACAAUAAUUCAGGCCUUAAGGGGUGCUGAUAAUUGGAAAAAGGAAGAGUCCAUUUCCCUUCGACAUGCAUCUGUCCUAAUAUCCAAGGGUUUCUUUUGUCAUCCACAUGAUGUUGCACUGAUCAUUGAGAUGCAUUUGAAGGCAAUCAAUGCCAUAGAUCGUUUAGUGACGUCAAGUCCAGACUCUGAAGAUUUGUUGUGGACAGUAUGGCAGCUCUGUGGUCUUGCCAGAUCUGAUUGUGGACGCCAAGCUUUGUUGGCUCUGGUUCAUUUCCCCGAGGCUCUUUCAGCUUUAAUUGCGAUACUACACUCAGUCAGGGAAUUGGAUCCAGUUUCCCCAAAUAGUGGAGCUCCACCUUUGAACCUUGCUAUCUUCCACUCUACGGCUGAAAUUUUUGAGGUCAUUGUUUCGGACUCAAGUGCAUCUUCUCUGGGGUCUUGGAUUGGACAUGCUAAAGAACUUCAUAGAGUCUUACAUUCAUCCUCCCCAGGAUCCAGCAAAAAAGAUGCUCCUGCGAGGCUUUUGGAUUGGAUUGAUGCUAGUGUGGUGUACCAUAGGAGUGGAGCAAUUGGUCUUUUACGCUAUACUGCUAUUUUAGCUUCUGGAGGUGAUGCUCACAUGGCCUCAACAAGUGUUUUGGCAUCUGAUGGCAUGGAUGUUGAUAAUGUCAUUGGGGAUUCUUCCUACACUGAUGGUAAUAUCAUAGAGAAUAUGCUUGGGAAACGCAUCACUGAGAAGGAUUUUCCUGGUGUUGUUCUUCGUGACUCAUCUAUUGUUCAGCUGACAACAGCAUUUCGAAUUUUGGCGUUUAUUUCUGAUAAUUCGACUGUCACUGCUGCUCUUUAUGAUGAAGGCGCUGUCAUGGUUAUCCAUGCAGUUUUGAUCAACUGCAGGCUCAUGCUUGAGAGGUCCUCAAACAUAUAUGAUUACCUAGUUGAUGAGGGUACAGAAUGUAAUUCAACUUCAGAUUUAUUACUGGAACGUAAUCGUGAACAGACCCUCCUUGAUUUACUAAUUCCUUGUCUGGUGCUGUUGAUUAAUCUGUUGCAGAAGCUAAAGGAAGCUAAGGAGCAGCACAGGAAUACUAAGCUAGUAAAUGCUCUUCUACAGUUGCACAGAGAAGUGAGUCCAAAGUUAGCUGCCUGUGCAGCAGAUGUAUCAUAUCCUUACCCCAGUUUUGCACUUGGGUUUCAAGCUGCUUGCGAUCUUCUAGUUUCUGCAUUAGCCUGUUGGCCAGUUUAUGGUUGGACCCCUGGCCUUUUUCAUUUCCUCCUAGAUAGUCUUCAUGCAACUUCGGUAUUGGCGUUGGGUCCCAAGGAAAUCUGUAGUCUGCUUUGCAUAUUGAAUGACUUAUUCGCAGAGGAAGGGGUGUGGCUUUGGGAAAAUGGAACACCCACAUUGAGUGUCCUGAGAACCUUGGCUCUGAGGACAUUAUUAGGGCCUAAGAAGGAGAAAGAGAUUAAUUGGUUCUUGCAGAUUGGACUACGGGAGAAACUGCUUGGCCAGUUGAAACCACACUUGGGCAAAAUUGCGCAGAUUAUCCUAUGUUGCUCCACCAGUACAUUGGUGGUCAUCCAAGACAUGCUGCGAGUGUUCAUUAUUCGCAUUGCAUGUAUAUGCGGUGAAAAUGCUUCACUACUUCUACGGCCAAUGGUAUUGUGGAUUGGCGAUCAUCUUUCUGAAAAAUUGUCAUUGUCAGAUUUGGAUGCUUACAAGGUCCAGCGACUGCUCUCCUUUCUGUCUCUACUAUUAGAGCACCCACACGGAAAGCGGUUAUUCUUGAAGGAGGGUGGCCUUCAGAUGCUAAUCAAGGUUCUAGAAAUGUGUCUAGCUGUUGCUAGUUCGGAUGCAAAACAGGUUGCUCUGAAAGGGUUUUCACUCAUUAGUUGGUGUGUGCCUGUAUUCAAUUCCAUUCCACUACUUAGUGAGUGUAAAGCUUCUCUGCAAACCCCGGGAAUAGUUGAGAGACACGUCCCUGAAGAUAUGACUGCUGAAGAAAAUUGCUUGCUUUUGUCUUUGCUCCUUAAAUUUUGCAAGGUCCUACCUGCCGGAAAAGAAUUGCUUUCAUGCCUGUUAGCAUUAAGAUUACUUUGGUCAUCUGCCAAAGGAAAAGAUGCUCUGCUUUCGCUUUGUCUGCAUGUUCAGUCCUCUAGCAUUGAGGAGCAGGAGUUGGAGAAACAAUUUGAAAAUGGUCUAAGCCAUGAUUUCACUCGUGACUGGAAAAAGCAUCCUCCAUUGCUAUUUUGCUGGGAAACUCUGUUAAAGACACCUGCUUCAAAGGAUGAUCUACCAACUUAUACUGUUCAAGGCAUUGGGAUAUUAUCUUCGGCAGCAUUGUCUUUCUGCAUGGACAGGGAAAGUAUGAACAUGGAGAGAGUUGCUGCAAUCAAGUACCUCUUCGGGUUUGAAAAUGACAACGUUGCCAUGGACGGGCUUGUUGAAGAGAGCAUUGAAUCUGUAGAGGAACUUGUUAAUUUGUUGAAAUCAAGUGACAGUUCCUUCUUGCCUGUAUUGGACAAGAUUUCUUUGGACCAGAUCAAGGAGUCAGCAAGAUCAUUAAUGCUUCUUCUGCACAAACCUACUGGCACAGUUAAGGCAGAUGAUAUAAUGAGCAAUAUUCAUUUUCCUUCAGCAACUGGUACCCCAUAUUCCUCAAAGAUACACACCAUCGUAGACGGUGGUACUGAAAGGAUUGAAGAUUAUGAUUUAAAUGAAUUUGGAGACAAGUUUUCAUGGGAGUGCCCUGAAAAUUUGCGUGAUAGUUUGACACAGACAAGUCUUACUAGCAAAAGGAAGAUCUCCUCAAUGGAUGGGCCAAAUAGACGCGCCAGGGGAGAUAGUGCCUCAGCUGAGAAUGCCAUACCGGGUGCAUUCUCACGGGGUUCUGUACCUACCAUUGUCCCUUCAGGUCCUACUCGUAGGGACACUUUCCGCCAGCGCAAGCCAAACACGAGCAGGCCUCCUUCUAUGCAUGUGGAUGACUAUGUUGCAAGGGAAAGAACUGCUGAUGGAUCUAAUAAUCCUAAUGUAAUAGCAGUCCCACGAAUAGGAUCUACUAGUGGGAGACCACCGUCUAUUCACGUGGAUGAAUUCAUGGCUCGGCAAAGAGAACGCCAAAAUCCUCCAGGGAUCAUGGUUACUGAUUCAGCUGCUGCACAAGAGAAAGCAGCAAUACCUGAAAACAAAACAGAUGCGGAGAAGUCAAGUAAAUCUCGUCCCCUGAAGUCUGAUCCCGAUGAUGAUCUCCAGGGAAUAGAUAUUGUAUUUGAUGCAGAGGAAUCUGAACCUGACGAUAAACUGCCUUUUCCUCAGCCGGAUGAUAAUCUACACCAGCCUGCAUCUGUAGUUGUUGAACAAAACUCUCCUCGGUCAAUCGUUGAAGAGACAGAAAGUGAGUUGAAUGGAACUAGCCAGUUCUCCCAGCUGGGUACACCUGUGGCCUCAAAUGCUGAUGAAAAUGCUCAAAGUGAAUUUUCUUCUAGGAUGUCGGUUUCUCGUCCUGAGCUGCCGUUGGCUCGAGAACCUAGUAUAUCUUCAGAUAGGAAAUUCAAUGAUCAGUACGAGAACAUGAAAAAUUUCCCUCCUAAAACCUCUGCUGUGUUUGCUUCGCUUGCAGCAGCAGUUAGUUCUGGUGUAGGUGUUUCUUCAUUUACAAAGGCUUCUCCAUCAUCUGUACAGGCAGCUGUUGAUUCUCGAAUGCCACCUAACUUCUAUUCUAGACCUACUGGUCAGCAAAGUGGAGUUACUCCUCCAAACGUUGGGUCCCAGGGAUAUUUUGACCCGAAAAUGCAGCCACCAUUACCACCAACUCCGCCUCCUGCAACAAUGUCAUCCUUGCUGUCGCAAAGUGCAGAUCGUAUUGUAAGCCAAUCUUCUCCAUUUGUUAGCUCUAUGAUAGAUGUCCAGCCUCAUUUACCACCUGGCUUCCAUGUUCAAGCUGAGUACUUAUCAGCUGGUGCUUCAGCCCCUGUGACCUCCAGUCCUUUGCCAGAUACGAAGUUUGGUCGGACAUCACUUUCUUCACCUGGAGGAUCUGUUAGGCCUCUUCCACCACUUCCUCCAACGCCGCCCCCAUAUACAAUUAGCCUUUCUAAUUUAUCAUCAUUAAAAAAUCCAACUUCCCAGACUCCAAUUUAUAAUCAAAGUGUUGGAACUAAUGAACUUCAGCAGAUCUCCCUUGCAUAUUCAAGUGAUGUUCGACCAGGUAACAUUUCAGCAUCUGGUCCCAUUCUAACAACUUAUCCUCCACCUCCAUUAGCACCACCCUUGCUAUUCAAUAGGCAUGGAUCAGUGCCUGUUAGUUUUUAUGGAAGUAGCUCAGCUCCAUAUCACAAUGAAAAGCUCCCUAGUAUCUCACAGCAUCUUCCUGCCAUUCACUCUAUACCAUCUGUCACCCAGCUGCAGCCACUCCAGCCCCCUCAACUUCCUCGUCCUCCACAGCAUCUUAGGCCACUUGUUCCAGCUUCACCCCAGUCAGAGCAAAGUGUUCCUUUGCUUCAAAGCCCCUUGCAAAUGCAAAUGCAGUCACCACAGAUGUUGCAUCAACCUCAAGUUUCUCCAGCUCAUGUGUACUACCAGACCCAACAGCAGGAGAUUGUGUCACAUUCGUUACAACAGCAACAAAUAGAACAUUCUCUCUCUCAAGUACCGCAGCAGCAAGGCAAUGUUGUCACCCAGCAACAAGAUUCUGGGAUGUCAUUACAAGAUUUUUUUAGAUCUCCAGAAGCUAUUCAGUCUCUCUUGAGUGACCGUGACAAACUCUGCCAGCUAUUAGAACAACAUCCAAAGUUGAUGCAGAUGCUUCAGGAGAGGUUGGGCCAUCUCUAAGUGGGAUACCAGUGGAAUCAUGGCUACACUCUGGAUUCUGGUCUUUUGCCUAAAGAAUAUGCAUAGAGAAGUUUUGGAGAAACAGUGGUCGGCCUCUUGUACAGAAAAUGUUAUAUUUAUGACUAUCAAUGUUUAUAAACUUGUAUGUCAUUGUACAUUAAAUUUAGUUUGUUAGCUUUAGAAGAACUUAUCAUUGGAUGUGUAGAAGUAAAAGUUUUUUGCAGCUAGCGUAGCUGUUCUCUCUUGUGGUUUGAUUCACUUACAUAGUUAUUUUUCUUCCGUUGAGCCCUAUUUUUGCCAAGUCUCAGUGGA